ACUUUUUUUCCCGCCAAAUUCUUCUUCAUCCUCUUCUUUUGCCGCCAAAUCCCCCACUCACUCUCUCAUUUUCACAGCCACUUUUCUCUCUCUCUCUCUCUCUCUCUCUUUCUCUCUCACUCUCAAGCUAAGCCAUGAACACGAAGGACCUCGAUUUCAAGGCAGACAAAGUUCUGGCGAAGGAGUUCCUUUCGAACUUCGCAGAUGCAAAUGGCGAAGCCAAGUAUAUGAACAUCCUUCAAGAGGUUGCCAACCGCAAAUUCCGAGCAAUCCAGAUUGAUCUCGAGGACUUAUUUAAUUACAAGGACUUCGAUGAAGAGUUUCUCAGGCGUGUUACUGAGAAUACGCGGCGGUAUAUUGGGAUUUUUGCUGAUGCGAUUGAUGGUCUCUUGCCGGAGCCCACGGAGGCCUUUACAGAUGAUGAUCAUGACAUAUUGAUGACACAAAGGUCUGAUGAAGGGACGGAGAAUAUGGACGGUUCUGAUCCACAUCAGAAGAUGCCUCCAGAAAUCAAGCGCUACUUUGAAGUUUAUAUAAGAGCAUCUUCAAAGGGACGGCCAUUUACAAUCAGGGAGGUCAAGGCUUCAUACAUUGGCCAACUUGUAAAGAUAUCCGGUAUUGUCACGCGUUGUUCAGAUGUUAAACCAUUGAUGCAGGUAGCUGUGUAUACCUGUGAAGAUUGUGGUUUUGAAAUUUACCAGGAAGUAACUGCUCGAGUUUUCAUGCCUCUGUUUGAGUGUCCAUCCAAACGCUGUUAUACAAAUAGAGCAAAGGGGAACCUUAUUCUGCAGCUCAGGGCGUCGAAGUUUUUGAAGUUUCAAGAGGCCAAAAUUCAAGAGUUAGCGGAACAUGUUCCAAAAGGCCAUAUUCCACGGACAAUGACUGUCCAUUUUAGGGGGGAACUCACAAGAAAGGUGGCUCCCGGUGAUGUUGUUGAAUUGUCUGGGAUUUUUCUUCCUAUUCCAUACACUGGUUUUAAAGCAAUGCGUGCUGGCUUAGUUGCAGAUACUUACUUAGAGGCCAUGUCUGUCACACAUUUCAAGAAAAAAUAUGAGGAGUAUGAACUUAGAGGAGAUGAGGAAGAACAAAUUGCACGUUUAGCUGAGGAUGGCGAUAUUUAUAAUAAAUUGUCUCGAUCGUUGGCACCUGAAAUUUUUGGACAUGAAGAUAUCAAAAAAGCUCUACUUCUUCUCCUUGUGGGUGCUCCUCAUCGGAAGUUGAAAGAUGGGAUGAAGAUUAGAGGAGAUUUACAUAUAUGUUUGAUGGGUGAUCCUGGGGUUGCAAAGAGUCAACUUCUUAAGCACAUUAUUAAUGUAGCUCCCAGGGGAGUAUAUACUACUGGCAAAGGAAGCAGUGGCGUUGGUUUAACUGCUGCUGUUCAGAAAGAUCCAGUAACAAAUGAGAUGGUCCUGGAAGGAGGAGCAUUGGUGCUAGCAGAUAUGGGUAUAUGUGCUAUUGAUGAGUUUGACAAGAUGGAUGAAUCAGAUCGAACAGCAAUACAUGAAGUUAUGGAGCAGCAGACUGUCAGCAUUGCCAAGGCUGGAAUUACUACAUCUCUGAAUGCAAGAACUGCUGUUCUUGCUGCAGCUAAUCCAGCGUGGGGAAGAUAUGACCUCCGUAGAACUCCAGCUGAAAACAUUAAUCUUCCCCCAGCCCUUCUGUCAAGAUUUGACCUUCUGUGGUUGAUCCUGGAUCGAGCAGAUAUGGACAGCGAUCUCGAAAUGGCUAGGCAUAUUGUCUAUGUGCACCAGAAUAAAGAAUCUCCUGCUCUUGGGUUCACUCCACUUGACCCAUCUGUUCUUCGUGCUUAUAUUUCGGCAGCAAGAAGAGUGUCUCCCUGUGUCCCAAGGGAACUGGAGGAAUAUAUUGCUAGUGCCUAUUCCAGCAUUAGACAAGAAGAAGCUAAAUCUAGUAGUCCUCAUUCCUAUACAACUGUGAGAACUCUGCUCAGCAUUCUCCGAAUAUCAGCUGCACUAGCAAGACUCCGAUUUGCUGAUACUGUGGCUCAGAGUGAUGUGGAUGAGGCACUUAGGUUAAUGCAGAUGUCAAAGUUCUCUUUGUACUCAGAUGAGCGUCAGAAAUCUGGACUGGAUGCUAUCUCUGAUAUCUAUUCAAUAUUGCGAGACGAAGCUGCUAGGACUAACAAGAUGGAUGUGAGCUAUGCCCAUGCACUCAAUUGGAUUUCUAGAAAGGGAUACAGUGAAGCUCAAUUGAAAGAAUGUUUGGAGGAAUAUGCAGCCUUAAAUGUGUGGCAGAUACACCCCCACACCUUUGACAUCCGAUUUAUUGAUGCCUGAUGUGGCCUUUUGCUUGUUUGUAAAAUCACUUAGUGGUGGCACGUACUUUCCAGAACAUAGGAAUGGUCUUUGAUCAUCAUCAUUUGAAGAUUAGUUGGCGGGAAGCUUAAAAGAUAUAUUUGGCAUAUGCUGUAAUUGAAUUUAACAGAACAUUUAAAGGUACCUUUGAUUAUUAGAGUGACAUAGAGUUUCGUAUUUAAGCAUCGGUGGCUAGAUUUAGUAUUGUAUCCAAAUCUGAAGUUGGAAGCAGUUGUUAGUUUGCUUUGUUUAUUAGGCAUUAGGAAAAAAGGAAUCAAAUUUUUAUUUGUAUGUGACUUAACUCUUUCUGUGGUGCAGCUUAGGGAAAUGUGUUUUAUCAA